CUCUAUCACCAUCCUCAUCAUCACCAUCACCAGCCCCAUCCUCUUCCUCAUCCUCGUCACCAUCCCCAGCUCCAUCACCAUCCCCAUCCUCAUCCUCAUCCUCAUCCUCAUCCCCAGCCCCAUCACCAUCCUCAUCCUCAGCCCCAUUCUCAUCCCCAGCCCCAUCACCAUCCUCAUCCUCAUCCAACGUCACCAUCCUCAUCCUCCCCACCGUCACUGGCUCCAUCAACACCGCCAGCCCCAUCACUGUCCUCAUCCUCACCACCGUCACCAGCCCCAUCACCACCAUCACCAUCCUCAUCACCGUCAUAAGGCCCAUCAACUUCCUCAUCCUCAUAAGCAUCACUAGCCCCACCACCAUCACCAGCCCCAUCACCACCCUCAUCCUCAUCAACGCCACCAUGCUCAUCAUCAUCACCAGCUCCAUCACCAUCCUCAUCCUCAUCACCAUCACCA